ACGACAAAAGCAUAUCAAAAGAUAGUUACUUUGGCUAGCCACUACUUGCUUAAACAAUUACUCACUUCCCCCUCUCUCUCUCUGCAAUGUCACAGCCUCUCACAACAGUCGCCGGCAUCUCUUUCCGUCAGCCACCGCCGCUCUGUUCUUUCCUCUUCAUCAUAGUCCUCCUCGUAGCCACUUUCUACACUCUCCACCACCCAGACGCCACUCCUCCUCAUCUCUUCUCCCCAAACACACACAACUCCCUCACUCUCCGCCGCCUCUUCCUCUCCUCCGCCUCUAACGCCACCGUCUCCUCUUACCUCCACUCCUUAACCCGUCAUCCUCACCUCGCCGGAACAAAACCCUCUUUAGACACGCUCAACUACGUCCUAACCCACUUCCAAAGCCUCCGUCUUGACGACACCCGCGUCGUCGAGUACGAAGCUCUCCUCUCUUAUCCUACGCACAUCUCCGUCACGGCGCGUUUUAGCAACAAUACAACAGUGGAGUUCGACUUAAACGACGACGUUUCCUCCUCCUCUGGCGUCGUUACGCCUUACCACGCUUACUCGCCGUCUGGCUCCGCGCAGGGUACCGUUGUCUUCGUGAACCGCGGCGAGGAGAGAGACUACCGCGCGCUUGAGGUGAUCGGAGUGAGCGUUAGAGGUUGUUUGGUUUUAGCGAGAAAGGGAGAGACUUUGGGGAGAGGAGUGGUUGUGAAGAUAGCAGAGACUAAAGGUGCUCUCGGCGUCUUGAUAUACGACGAGAAAGACGGUGGUGCGCUCGGGGGGAUCGAGAGAGGCACGGUGAUGAGAGGUAUCGGAGACCCGGUUAGUCCGGGUUGGCCCGGGGUCGUCGGAGGAGAGAAGCUGAGCUUGGAUGAUGAUCGUGUCUCUCGGAGAUUCCCAAAGAUUCCGUCUUUGCCUCUGUCUCUCCACAAUGCAGAGAUCAUAUUGGCUUCUCUUGGCGGCGCUAGAGCUCCGGUGGAGUGGAGAUCCGGUCGGGUCGGGUCAAGUCAACGGGUUGGCCCGGGACGGGUUGUUGUAAACAUGACGUUACAGGGGGAGAUGAAGAUGAAGAAGAUUCACAAUGUUGUGGCUACAAUAAGAGGUAGUGAGGAACCGGACCGGUAUGUGAUUCUUGGGAACCAUAGAGACGCAUGGACUUAUGGAGCUGUUGAUCCAAACAGUGGAACUUCUGCUUUACUUGACAUUGGUCGACGAUUCUCUCUUUUGCUUGAAUCUGGCUGGAGACCUCGUAGGACCAUUCUCCUUUGUAGUUGGGAUGCUGAAGAGUUCGGAAUGAUUGGAUCAACGGAAUGGGUUGAAGAACAUGUUCUUAACUUAGGUGCAAGUGCUGUUGCUUAUCUUAAUGUUGAUUGUGCGGUCCAAGGCUCUGGAUUUUUUGCUGGUGCAACUCCUCAACUAGACAGUGUUCUUGUAGAUGCCUUGAAGCUGGUCCAAGAUCCUGAUGAUGUAACUUUGACAGUUGAAGAGACAUUCAAGUCUCAGAAUAACAAUAUAGAGAGGCUAAGUAGAGUGGAUUCUGAUUUUUCCGGUUUUCUUCAUCAUGCUGGGAUACCGUCUAUAGACAUGUACUAUGGAGCAGAUUAUCCUGUCUAUCACACCGCUUUUGACUCCUAUGAUUGGAUGAUACGCAAUGCUGAUCCAUUGUUUCAUCGUCAUGUUGCAAUGGGUGGAAUUUGGGGACUUUUGGGUAUCAUAUUGGCUGAUGAGCCAGUCUUACCGUUUGAUUACAUCUCUUAUGCAGAACAGUUGCAGGCACAUAGAGAUGCAGUGAGCAAGCUCUUAGAAGGGAAAGUCUCUGUUGAUCCUUUAAGCGUGGCGAUACAAGAGUUCUCUUUAGUUGCUAAAGAAGUUGCAGAUGAAGCAAAGAAGCUAAAGGAACAAGCAUACAGCAAAUAUGAUGUUGCAGUAGCUGCCAAGAGAAGAGAGCUAAAUGACAGGAUGAUGCUUGCAGAAAGAGGGUUCCUGGAUUCAGAAGGGAUCAAAGGGAAAGAAUGGUUCAAGCAUCUUGUGUAUGGACCUGCAGCAGAACCAGAGAGCAAGCUAUGUUUCUUCCCGGGAAUAGCAGAUGCUAUUGCAACAAACUCAUCAGACGGAUCAAUCAAGCAUGAGAUAUGGAGAGUCACAAGAGCUAUUCAGAGAGCAAGCAAAGCUCUUAAAGGAGGGUUCACAUGAGUAAAUCUUCAGACUGUAGAUUGUAGAAUCAUAACCUCUUUACCUUAUGAUGUAAAGAAAAUAACUGUCAUAUUCAACACAUUCAAUUCUCAAAGGUUUUUCAAAGUCUUAAUGAAAGAUAUCAUCACUGAUCCAGACACUUAUUGCUGUAGAACACUUUUCACUGAUAGAAGAAGCUAAGCUACUUCAUCUAUCAUUGUAAGUCUUAUGAGAUAACUAUAAUAUCAGCUUUUA